UUCGAUAAGUCGUGAAAUCGUCGAUACACAUAAAACCAGGGCAAAUCAAGCUGACAAAAAAGUAUAAUUCUAGAAAUUUCCUUUGUGACACCAACUCGGGGACGUCUGAGAAGAAUAAAAACUGUCGCUCCUGCCAUUGACAGCUUCCACCUUGAUUUGAUUUUAUAACCACAUACACCCACACAGUACUUUAGAGAAAAUCAUGGCUAAAUGGGGAGAAGGAGACCCUCGUUGGAUUGUGGAAGAGCGACCAGAUGCUACCAACGUCAAUAACUGGCACUGGACAGAAAAAAAUGCAACGCCAUGGUCUAAGGAACGAUUAUCGCAACUGUUUAAAGAUUUUAAAAUAGAACAAAACGACAUUGACUGCGUAGUCGAAGCGGUGGAUAAGUGUAAUGGCGAAGCGACUGUCAACAAUCGUAAGGGCAAGCUGAUAUUCUUCUACGAGUGGGAGCUAGUCCUCAAGUGGUCCGGACGGCUUUUAAAAAACAGCAAACUGAGCCACAAAGGGAAGCUAACCAUACCGAAUCUGUCUGAAGAGAAUGAUUUGGAUGAUGUAGAAAUAACUGUGACCAUUGACGAGUCAAAUGAUGAAUCGGAGACCCUUAAACUAUUUAUGUACAAUACGGGUCGGGAUCGCAUACGCCAUCAACUCGGAGUUUAUAUCAAGGAACUGAAGGAAGAAUACUCCAAAAAUCUAUUACUACCAAAGAAGGGCGACGGAAACGAAGCCCCGCUAAAGGACUCUAAACUCAAGGAUGCUAACAAUGUUAAAAAUGCUAUUCAUAAAGCAGUAACGGUGUCGGCUAAAACAUCAAAAACACCGCUUAAUGCUUCUAUUAACGUUGGUUGCAAAUUGGAUGUGCGCACUUUAUCUAUGACCGAGGAAUUCCAUUGUAAUGCUAAUGAUCUUUAUAAUGCCCUCACAAAGCCAGAAAUGGUAACCGCAUUUACCCGGGCUCCCGCUAAAGUAGAUGCUGUGCGUGGCGGCGAGUUUGUUCUUUAUGGUGGUAACGUACUGGGGAAAUUUGAAGAGCUUGUUCCUGAAAAAAAAAUCCAGCAGAGUUGGCGUUUAAAAAAUUGGUCAUCUGGUCACUACUCGAAUGUUGUCAUUGAAUUUGAAGAAACUUCCUCCAGCACAAUGAUGACUCUUAAACAAACUGGCAUUCCGGCCUCUGAAUACGAUGCGAUGAGAACUAAUUGGCACCGAUACUACUGGCACAGCAUCAGACAAACAUUUGGCUUCGGCUCCUCAAUUGCUGACUCCUUAUAAUUAUGCCCAUAUUAAGGUCUACCUUGAUUUCCUGCUACAACUUCCAGCUUUCCCUUGAACGUGUGGUGCGAUGUAAGAUUUCAAACAAAGCUUAAUUGAGCUAUCAUUUACUAGCUUGAAGCCACACAUGAUACCGCAAGAGUCAUACUCUUGGCAUUAUUUUACACAUUAAAAUGGCGUAAAUAUACAAGAGUUCUUAAACAUGUA